CGUACGGGUCACGUCUGAUCGAGACGCCAUGCAUCUUAUUCCGAGACAGCAGAAUGAAGAAACAAGCACUUGACAUUAUGGAAGCUCGUCAGAUGAUAGUCAUGGAUUUCGAUGACAGAAUUUUCGACGUGACAUUUUCCACUGAGCAGUUGAGUGCCACCGUCAGAGCAGUUGUGUGGGCCGGUGCGAUUUUCAUCACAAUGCAGGCCAUCUUGUUCCCCAUCUUUUGGACAUCGUACAGCGACGUGAUUUGCCUCUUUAACCUCGAGGACGACUGCUUCCAGGACUUCGGGAUUCCGAAAUACGAAAUCCCCGUGGAAAAGCUGUUUUUCGCUCAAGAAAAGCGAACCCAGGCCAUGAACCAGUUCGAACAAACGAGGGAUAAACAAGUUAUCCCACUGGAGUUGCGACAAGACUUCCGUAUCGUCGACGUGGAAGAUGAGGGAACAUCCGCUCUUUCAACCCUGCAUGACGACAAGAUGGAUUACGAAGGCUUAAUGAAUCUUACUGAAGAUGAUGAGGGAGAAACACUUUUGCCGAAACCAGGUUUCAAUAGAUACAUUCGACGAGCUGUAAUAUUACGUUCCGGCGAACACUAUUUCACCCUGCACAACAGACUUCAAGCAGAACACGCUCUCCAAAUACUUAACGCCCUGCUCCGGAUUCAAAAUCAGGCCAAAGGAAUAGACGAAUUGAGGGCUUACCAGGAAUAUUACGACGAGGAACUUCUCAGGAGACUCUCAAAAUUACUUAGCAUCGACUGGGCGCAUUACGUCAACAUCAACGCAGAGACUUUCUUGGAUAAGCUAGAGGCGCAAGACGAAUUCGAUGCUUGGGUCAAGUCCGAGUGGAAGUACAACAUCUCAUCGUUCAAUCUCUCAGAACUGAACGAAGCAGUCGGUGAGGAAAAGCUCAAACGGUUCUUCAACAAGGUUUCGGGUCUCGGUAUUUCUUCUUUGGAUGAUUCAAAGCUUCGCGAGCUCAACAAAAAAACUGCAGAAAUGAUUGACAAGUUUGCCCUGAAUGGAAUUUGCCCUUACGAUAACAGAGAUUGCAACAAGGACAAAGGCAUGACAUGGGCACUGAUGCCUGGUGUAGACAGCACGCAUUCCGGCAUAGACCUGAAAGUUGGGCAAUACCAAGAAAAGAACUUCCGAAAAAGAUUCCGGCAGUGGUUUGACGAGGUGCGGCCAUUUUAUGAAGAGCUACAUGCAUUUGUUCGACAUCGGCUGAGACUUCACUACGGCUCCGACGUGGUCAACGUUUCUACCACUAUUCCUGCUCAUCUAGUCGGUAACAUGUGGGGAUUGGACUGGCAGAACAUUUUCCCAAUCAUGAACGUUUUUGAGUCCCCGAGCUUUGACAUAACUGACGAACUUGUAAGGCAAAAUAUUACAGUUCCGGAAAUGUAUAGAAUUGCCGACGAGUUCUUCGUCAGCAUGGGGUUCAAAAGCUUGUCCGAAGGUUCGCCAGAAUUUUUCAAGAAGUCGAUGCUUCAGAAGUUGAAAGAUCGGAAAGUCAACUGCUAUCCGCAAGCGUGGGAUAUGUACGCUUCUCCUGACAUUCCCGGAGACUACAGGAUUAAGUACUGUACACCACGAACCAGAAAUGGUAUGGAGUAUGUUCUUCAUGAAAUGGGCCACGUGCUGUAUUUCAUCAACUAUGUCCGUCAGCCGGCAACUUUUAGGGAUGCUGCAAACCAAGGUUUUCAUGAAGCGUUGGGUGACACAUUGACGUUAUCGUUCAUGUCCCCGAGAAAUUUGAAGAGAUUAAGGUUGUUGCCUCCGACGGCUGAUUCGGAAGACGAAGAAAUGGCUAAUCUUCUACGAUUAGCUCUGACGAAGAUUGUAUACUUCCCGUACUCAUACUGUGUCGAAGAAUUCCACUGGCGCAGUUACGACGGCACCGUGACGGACCACAAUUAUAACCGGGCUUGGUGGGAACUAUGCGAAGAAUACCAAGGACUUCACCCUCCAAUUCCACGGAACGAAACUUAUUUUGACGCAGGAACCACAUUUCACCUAUCCAACGACGUCGAUUCCAUGAGAUACUUCAUUGCAUACAUGAUGCAAUUCCAUUUUCACCAAGUGAUGUGCACUGCUGCAGGCUUAUAUAAUCCCAAAGAACCAGACGUGAAGCCUUUGCACACUUGCAACUUGCACGGAAAUCAAAUUGCUGGGUUAAAACUGAGGUUAGAAAACUAA